GCCGCGAUUACCCACCAUGCAGCUCAGCCAUGAGAAGAUGAGGCAAGAUGGCGACUAAAACAAGCAAAGAAAGUGCUCCUCCUUUUGAUUGUCCAACAUGGGCAGGCAAGCCGCCUCAGGGGCUCCAUUUAGACGUGAUGAAGGGAGACAAACUGAUGGAGAAACUGAUCAUAGAUGAAAAGAAGUACUACUUGUUUGGGAGGAACCCUGACUGGUGUGAUUUCACCAUCGACCAUCAGUCAUGCUCUCGUGUCCACGCUGCCCUGGUGUACCACAAACACCUGAAAAGGGUCUUUCUCAUAGACCUCAACAGCACACACGGUACUUUCCUUGGACACAUUCGUCUAGAGGCACACAAACCUCAGCAAGUUCCCAUAGACUCUACAAUAUCUUUUGGGGCCUCAACAAGGACCUACACCAUCAGAGAGAAACCCCAAACUCAAGGCACCGCUGGUUCUGGGGACAGUAAGACAGGAGAUGAUGAGGAGCUGAAAGGACUGCUUGGGCUUCCAGAGGAAGAGACGGAACUGGAGAACCUGACAGAGUUCAACACAGCUCACAACAAGCGCAUCUCCCUACUGACAAUUGAGGAGGGUAAUCUGGAAAUCCAGAGGCCUAAGAGGAAACGGAGGAACUCCAGGGUUACCUUCAAUGAGGAGGAUUCCAUCAUCAACCCAGAGGAUAUAGACCCCUCAGUGGGACGCUUUAGAAACAUGGUCCAGACUGCUGUCAUCCCCAUCAAGAAACGCAGAUCAGAGGGACAAAACACUCUGGGUCUUGAUGACCUGACUUCGAAACGCAUGCAUGGCUACAGCUUGGGUGGUGGUCUUUAUGGGGACUUGCCUCCCACCAGUCAUGAGAACCAGCCAACAGGAGCUCCAGGAGGUGUUGCCAUGCAGGGAGGCCUACCUCUGCCUUUCCCCAAUCCAGCACCAGAGGUGGACCUGGCCCCAGAGGCUCCCCAGCCCCCUGUCACGCUCAAUCCCACUCCUGUCACAGCCCCCUACCUACCAGAGACCCACAACGAACCACGCAAAAAGAAGUAUGCCAAAGAAGCUUGGCCAGGCAAGAAACCAACCCCUUCACUACUCAUCUAACCGCUUUCUCAAAGCUGCUGACUCUCAGGUUACCAGCAGAUACAUCAGGGACUGUGACCUGGCAGAGGUGGAGUCAUUCACUUCUAAAUGUUUUUAUUUUAUUUGUUGUGUUACUCAUCGAUAUCAUAAAAAGGCACCACAUUUCCUUGUGGUCUGUUACAAGAUUUCAUCUAUAUUGCCAUUUCACUUAAUAAAUUGGCCUGCAAGCAGUAGACUGUUGUUGAUUGGGAACAAAAUGUAUGUAAAUUGACAGGACUUGGCAGUGAACAUUUAAACGUCAGAGUGGCAUUUAUGUUUGUGAGUGACAGGCUACAUGGAUAUGAUGGGUCAAGAGUUAUGUUUUUGAUGUUUUCUGAUGUUAUGUUAAAUUUUUUUUCUACUAAACAUGUUUCAACAUUUUUUCACUCCUCAAGUGUUUUGAUAAUGCUAUUAGACAAAUGGCAAAAAGUACUUUUAUAUAAAAUACAUUACGGUGAGAAGUCAGGAGAAUUCAAACGUGAAGUCAGUUUCUAUUUAAAAACAGGGCUGCUUUUUAUUUUUCAAAACCUCUUGAUAUAAUGUGAAACAUUUCCAAUAUGUGUGUUAGACCAAAAUGACAUCAACUGAAGUGUCAACAGGCCACUAGAUGGUGACUUGUGCAUUAAGGUCAGCGAGUUUUCAGUGAGAUUUGGCUGCAGACUUGCAGGUAUCAUUGUUUAUGGCCUGCUGCACAAACCAUAAUCUUGGCCAGAAUCCACAUGUGGCAUCCUAUGAAACCGGUGAGGCAGGCUUAAUUUUAAUUUUGAUUAUUGUUUCUAUGUUUGGAAUUAAUUGGAUUGUUGUUUAGUAGAAUAAAACUGAAUUUGAAUGGCAUCACAAGAACAAAUACUAACUUUGCUGAAAAAUACAAAAUUAUAGUAAAAAUAGAAAAGGUUGGAUUUAGUGUUUUAAAGGUCAUGUGGUGUGUCAACAUAUUUUACAUACAAUAGAAUACAGUGCAGUUUAUACAGUAUACCAUUCCUAUUUAGUUUGCCCUAAACUGACGUAAAAUAUAGGAACUGUCUUUGCACAGAGGCAGAUAUUCAUAGAUAGCCAUGUAAAACACGUAAUGGGCACUAUGUAUUUGGUUUAUACACAGUGUAAUCUAAAUGUAAGGGUCCCAUGAAAUGGUGUUCAUGCAUUUCUGCUUUAAUUAGAAGACAAAGAGAUGAUAGGAAAUGAAGAGAGGGAGAGGAAAUAGCCUGCAACUAAAGUCCUCUAAUGUUUUCACACCUAAAAUAUUGUGGUCACAGUAUAUGGUAUGCAUCUUAACCACAAGGCUGCCAUGGCGCCUCUGUGUAUUCUCUGUUAGUAGAGCUUGUAGUGGGGACAUAAAACCGUUAGCUAUCAAUCAAUUCAGAAGAUAAUAGUGGUUAGUGUCAGCUCUCCUUUGUACAACAAAAGGAUCCCACUAAAGAUGAGCUGUUUUCUUAAAAUAGAAGUGGCCAUUUCAUGGGAUCUUUAAAUAAUUGACAGGUUGGAGAUCAGAGAUCAGCAAAAGACGAGGUGUUUCAUUUUUACAAACUGUGCUGGUGACUUUUCAUCCUUGUGGGAGUGUGGAUUUUGUAAUCAUAUGACAAUGUAAAUAAAAAAUGAAUUACUUUUGACUCAA